AUGUUGAACAGGAUUUUAUUGGCUGCUUGUAUUGUAGUAUCAGCAUAUGGAUUCGCCGUUGAAAAAGUAGACAGAUGCUAUGACUGCAAUUAUGCCCCAACAGGCUUUACCAAACACGUGACUUUCUGGAAGGCUGUAGGGGCUAAUGCAGGCUUUUCUAAAUGCUCACUCACCCAAGAAGAAGAUGGAGAUUUUCUCGACAAGUGGGCCUGUCAAUCUGGUAGAUGCUUCAUUAGACGAGACCCUAAUGGAUUGGUGUACAGAGGGUGUGCUGAUGAGAAGAAACUACCUUGGGGUAUAGAUGUGACCACAAAUUGUGAAUACCAGGGUUAUGGAGAGUCUAAGGCCCUCUGGUUCUUCUGUAAUGGAGACCUGUGUAAUACUGGUGCCUUAGGAGACCUGGACAGAUGUGGAGUCCCCCCUCCCCCAAAACCAUACAAUCCAUGUGCCAAAAAGGACGCCUGUGCCAACAACCCCAGUGGAUUGUUUGAUGACAUCACGCGUGACAAUCAUUUUAUCCAAUGUGGUUGCGAUAGUGACAGUGAAGGAAAUACAUGUGCUUGUUGCAAGCCAUUUUACUUUAAAUGCCCAUAUAACACCGACUUUGAUGAUAAAACCAAAGUAUGCAGUCUUCCUGCUGUACACGAGAUACCCACAACUUUACCCGCAACAACUGAGGAAGCCAAACCUGUCGAACCCGCGAAACCCAAUAAGCCUGAUGAAUCUGUCAAAGAGGCCGAGACAUAUGGAUAAAUCAUAUGUGUGUCAUACCAUGUAAAUUUGACGUUUAGUGCUAACAGUUCAACUAUGAACAUUGACCUUUAAAAGAAAUCCAUGCAAUAUGGAUUUCAUCGGAACUCUGUGACGAAUCUCAACUGAAAGAUUGCCAAGUCAAACGCAUUCUUUGCAAAUGCACAAUUU